AUGCUUUAUGUAUUUCGAGUUGAUAUUGGAGAAACUUACAUAUUUGAAACUGAUUUAGCAUUUCAAGAUGUAAAAACAUUAAAAACAGCGAUUGAACGCGAACAUGGCAUCGCUCCAUCAAAGCAAAUUUUAAUUAUAAAUGGAGGAGAAUUAUUGGAUGACGAUGCUGUUCAAGUUUGUAUG